UUUAUUUAUUCUAUACGUUUUAUGUCACGUGUUGAAUAGUGCGCAUGCGGUUGGCUUCCAAAGGCGAUUUAGAGAAUUAUUUUUAUAACUAUAGAAUGCAUUUGGACCCAAAGAAACAGCGCCAAGAACAAUAUUUAAAAUGGAAACAAAGCCUGAUGGAGAUCUCACAAUGUGAGUAUCAACGAGGUGAAUACGAGAAAGCUGAACAACAUUGCAUGCAGUUAUGGAAACAGGAGCCAGAUAAUACAGCUCUUUUAUUAUUACUCUCGUCAAUUCAUUUUCAAAUGCGAAAUUUAGAAAAAUCUGCACAUUUUUCCACCCUUGCUAUAAAACAUAAUCCACAUUUGGCAGAAGCAUAUUCGAAUUUGGGUAAUGUACUAAAAGAAAAAGGGCACCUUCACGAUGCACUAGAACAUUAUAAACAUGCUUUGCAAUUAAAACCAGAUUUCAUAGAUGGUUACAUUAAUUUAGCUACUGCCCUUGUUACAGCACAUGAUCUUGAGGGUGCUAUUCAAGCUUAUCUUACAGCUCUACAUUACAAUCCAGAUUUAUACUGUGUACGUAGUGAUCUUGGAAAUUUAUUAAAAUCAAUGGGGCAUUUAAAUGAAGCAAAAGCUUGUUAUUUAAAAGCUAUUGAGACUCAGCCUAAUUUUGCAGUAGCAUGGAGUAAUUUAGGGUGUGUUUUUAAUGCUCAAGGUGAAAUAUGGUUAGCAAUACAUCAUUUUGAAAAAGCUGUCCAUCUUGAUCCAAACUUUCUUGAUGCCUAUAUUAAUUUAGGAAAUACACUCAAGGAAGCACGCAUAUUUGAAAGAGCUGUUGCUGCAUAUUUAAGAGCUCUACAAUUAAAUCCAAACCAUGCAAUAGUUCAUGGCAAUCUUGCCUGUGUUUAUUAUGAGCAAGGGUUAAUAGAUUUAGCUGUUGAAACAUAUAAAAAAGCUAUUGAAUUGCAACCUAAUUUUCCUGAUGCAUAUUGUAAUUUAGCUAAUGCAUUGAAAGAACAAGGAAAUGUUGAUGAAGCUGAAGAAUGCUAUUUAACAGCUUUGCGAUUAUGUCCUACUCAUGCUGAUUCUUUGAAUAAUUUAGCCAACAUUAAGAGAGAGCAAGGGAAUACAGAAGAAGCUAUGAGACUAUAUUGCAAAGCUUUAGAAAUAUUUCCAGAAUUUGCAGCUGCCCAUUCAAAUUUAGGUAGUUUGUUACAAUGUCAAGGCAAAUUAAACGAAGCUUUGAGUCAUUAUAAAGAAGCAAUUAGGAUAGCUCCUACAUUUGCUGAUGCAUAUAGUAAUAUGGGAAACACUUUAAAAGAAAUGGGAGAUGUACAAGCUGCAUUACAAUGUUAUUCUAGAGCCAUUCAAAUAAAUCCAGCAUUUGCAGAUGCCCAUAGCAAUCUAGCAUCAAUACAUAAGGAUUCUGGAAAUAUUCCAGAAGCCAUACAAUCUUAUCGUAUGGCAUUAAAAUUAAAGCCUGAUUUUCCUGAUGCAUAUUGCAAUCUAGCUCAUUGCCUUCAAAUUGUUUGUGAUUGGGGAGAUUAUGAAAUUAGAAUGAAAAAAUUGAUAGCGAUAGUGGCAGAUCAACUUGAAAAAAGUAGAUUACCAUCAGUUCACCCACAUCAUAGUAUGCUUUACCCACUUUCCCAUGAAUCCAGAAAAGGAAUUGCUGCCAAACAUGCAAUUUUAUGUAUGGACAAAGUAUCCAUACUUCAUAAAGCCCCAUUUGAACAUCCCAAAAAACUGGGGUCUUCAGAAAGACUAAGAGUUGGGUAUGUUAGCUCUGAUUUUGGUAAUCACCCAACAUCUCAUUUAAUGCAAAGCAUCCCAGGGUUUCAUAAUCGUAAAAAUGUUGAAGUGUUUUGUUAUUCCCUUAGCCCAGAUGAUGGUACUACAUUUAGGGCCAAAAUAUCGAGAGAAGCUGAGCAUUUUGUUGACCUAUCUCAAAUUCCUUGCAAUGGCAAAGCUGCUGAUAGAGUAUAUGCAGAUGGCAUUCAUAUAUUAGUUAACAUGAAUGGGUAUACCAAAGGUGCUAGAAAUGAAAUAUUUGCCCUUAAACCUGCCCCAAUACAAGUCAUGUGGCUGGGUUAUCCAGGCACAAGUGGCGCUAGCUACAUGGACUAUAUCAUAACUGAUGCUGUUACGUCACCCGUGAUUCUAGCAGAGCAGUAUGCAGAAAAACUUGCAUACAUGCCCAAGACGUUUUUUAUUGGCGACCAUAGAUACAUGUUUCCCCACAUGCGGGAGCGUGUCGUUCUUGCCUCCAAAGAAUCCACUGCAUCCGAUAAUUGGGCUGUUAUCAAUGGCACUGACCUCUCUGAAAUCUCCAAACUAUCUAGCAAGAAACUUUUAAUGUACCCCACUGCUGCCAUUAAAAGCAACUCUAUUCCUGAGGAAGAAACUCCUGAAGAAAUAUCAUUUAAAAAAGACCCCGUUGAAAUUCCUGUAAUUGAAAUACCCUCUACCACCGCUCAAAUCAUGUUGAGCACUACUCAAAGCCAAACCUCGCUCAACGGCAUUAUUAUGCAUAAUGGGGUUACUACUAAUCAAGUCGUUAAUAACAAAGUUGCUAGUGGUGAAGAAAUACCUCAGCAUUUAAUAUUAUCUACUCGCCAACAAUAUGGUUUACCAGAAAACGCGGUCAUUUUUUGCAAUUUCAACCAAUUAUACAAAAUAGACCCUGGUAUCUUUCGAUGCUGGUGUAAUAUUGUUCGGAAUGUUCCUAAUAGCUUCCUAUGGCUUCUAAGAUUCCCAGCCUCUGGCGAGCCUAAUGUAUUACUCUAUGCCCAAAAAUUGGGAUUACCCCCUAAUCGCGUCAUAUUUUCUAAUGUCGCCCCAAAAGAAGAGCACGUAAGGAGGGGUCAACUUGCAGAUGUUUGUCUUGAUUCACCCCUAUGCAAUGGUCACACUACUGGCAUGGAUGUAUUAUGGGCUGGGGUACCGAUGGUCACACUACCUUGUGAAACAUUGGCUUCCCGCGUAGCCUCUUCUCAAUUAUAUGCCUUGGGUUGUCCAGAAUUAGUGGCUAGUUCAAAGGAGGAAUACGAAAAUAUCGCCAUCAAAUUAGGAUCUGACCGAGAAUACCUCAAAGCCAUGAGAGCGAAAGUUUGGAAGUUGAGAACCAGUAGUUCUUUAUUUGACUCCCAGAGAUACGCUUUGGAUAUGGAAAAGUUAUUUAAAAAAAUGUGGGAGCGACAUCAGAAAGGUUCACCAAUUGACCAUAUAACAGAAUAGUUAAAAAUUGAAUAUAUGGCGUUUAAAUUUUACAUUUGUUGUUUAUUAUUUUUAGAUUUGUUUUUUCAAUAUUUUGUUGUUGUAAUUUUUAUGAUGUGUUAGCCCUUCAGCCUCUUUAGGAGGCAUAUGACUCAAUAUUUAUUUACAAAUUAAAUUUUAUUUGUAUUAUUUCACAUUUUUAUUUUUUGAUUAUCAUUAUUAUUUAUGAAUUUACUAAUAGAAUAUUAUACCUUUGAAAUUAUUGAAGAAAAAUUAAGACACAAUAAAAUACAAUUUCACG